UCGCCAAAGCCGUGCCACACCUCAAUUGAAAACGAAAUGCUGCUGACGGUCAGUCUAGUUGCGGUAGCUGUUGCUGCCCUGUACAUAUAUCUGGUUUGGAAUUUCAACUACUGGAAGAAACGAGAUGUUCCAGGUCCUGAUCCUACGCCCCUGUUGGGUAACUUCCCCUCCUUUGUGCUACAUCAUCGACCCAUCAUGAAUGAAAUGGAUAAAAUUUAUCGAGAUUAUAAGGAAAAAUUUAAUUUCGUAGGAGUAUUCAGCAAUCGAUCUCCUCGAAUUUUUGUUUUGUCGUCAGGUCUCGCCAAGGACAUUCUUAUCAAGGAUUUCAAAAACUUCCACGAUAAUGAGUUUGCCCAAUGGACAGAUAAGGAAGUGGAUCCAAUAUUAGGACGCAAUCCUUUUAUGUUGAAUGGAGAAGAAUGGAAAUCGAAACGCGCAGAAAUUACGCCAGCAUUCACCACUUCACGGAUGAAGGCGCUCUUCUCGCUUGUGGAAGAUGUGGGAUCACGCAUGACGAAAUACAUCAACGAACAUAAAGAUUCUCCAGUAGAAACCAAGGAGCUUGCCGCUAAAUUCACCACCGAUGUCGUUUCUAACUGUAUCUUUGCUGCUGACGCUCAAUCAUUUAGCAGUGAAAAACCUGAGAUUCGAGAAAUGGGACGUAAAUUGUUGGACCCAUCAUUUGCAUCAUUUAUGUGGAUGUUAGUAAUGGGAAUGUUUCCAUGGCUAUCGAAAAUGUUAAAAAUUGGUUUCAUUCCAAAAUCUGUAGAAAAGUUUUUCACCAACCUAAUGAUGGAAGCGAUUCGCCAUCGAGAAGCCAGUGCAACGAAGCGGCUUGAUUAUCUGGACUAUCUUAUCAGUUUGAGAAAUAAAAAGGAAAUCUCUGAGUUGGAUAUGGCGGGUCAUGGAGUUACGUUCUUUAUCGACGGAUUUGAAACAUCCAGUGUAGCAAUGUCAUUCGUUCUUUACGAAGUUGCGAGAAAUAUCGAUGUACAGAAUCGCCUACGGGAAGAACUACUGAAGGCAACCGAAAGCGAAACGAUUGCAUACGAGACACUUCUGGAACUACCGUAUCUUGACCAGGUUAUUAGCGAAGCUCUGCGUCUUUGGCCUCCGGCAGCGUUCCUUUCCAAACAGUGUACGGAGCCAAUCGAGCUAGAUUUAAGUGCAACAAAGAAGAUUCUUUUAGACAAAAACGUGUGUGCCAUCAUUAGCAUCUGGUCUAUCCAUCGCGAUCCAAAAAAUUACAAAGACCCUCUGACGUUCAAUCCUGACAGGUUCAGCCCUGAAGCUGGUGGAGUUCAGCCAUACCGUGAAAAAGGAUGCUUCAUACCGUUUGGAGAUGGCCCACGGCAGUGUUUGGGGAUGCGAUUCGCCAGGAUGCAAGUCAAACGAGGCAUUUACGAAAUUAUAAAGAACUUUAAAAUUUCUGUUCAUUCUAAAACCAAAGAACCUCUUCAAAUGGAUCCAAAACAGUUUUUGACCACAGCCGUUGGAGGAAUUUGGUUGAACUUUGAGCCUCUUGGAAAUUUUAACGUUGUGUUUGUCUGCCCGAUUUGUGUUUACGCACGGAACACGACUAUUCGUGAUUUCACGCCGUCCACAAUAAAGCGUGGUUGCGAUUCAAAAAUCAGUUGCUGCUCGUUCGCCGGAGCCGUGCCACACAUCUCAAUUGGAAAGAAUAUGCUGCUGACAGUCAGUCUAAUUUCGGUAGCAGUUGCUGCCCUGUACGUAUAUCUGGUUUGGAAUUUCAACUACUGGAAGAAACGAGAUGUUCCAGGCCCUAAUCCAACUCCUCUGCUGGGUAACUUUCCCUCCUUAAUGCUGCACCAUAAAUCCAUCAUGGAUGAAAUGGACGAAAUAUAUCGAGAAUAUAAGGGCAAGUUCAACUUUGUGGGGGUAUUCAGCAAUCGAUCUCCACGAAUUUUCGUUCUCUCGUCAGCUGUCGCCAAGCAAAUUCUAACCAAGGAUUUCAAAAACUUCCACGAUAAUGAAUUUGCGCAAUGGACGGACAAGGAGGUAGACCCAAUAUUAGGACGCAAUCCUUUCUUCUUGAACGGUGAAGAAUGGAAAUCGAAACGCGCAGAAAUUACGCCAGCAUUCACCACUUCACGGAUGAAGGCGCUCUUCUCGCUUGUGGAAGAUGUGGGAUCACGCAUGACGAAAUACAUCAACGAACAUAAAGAUUCUCCAGUAGAAACCAAGGAGCUUGCCGCUAAAUUCACCACCGAUGUCGUUUCUAACUGUAUCUUUGCUGCUGACGCUCAAUCAUUUACCAGUGAAAAACCCGAAAUACGCGAAAUGGGACGUAAAUUAAUGGAGCCAUCAUUUAAAUCUUUCAUAAUGAUGAUGUUCAUUGGAAUGUUCCCACGACUAUCAAAGAUCUUAAAAGUUGGGUUUAUUCCCAAAUCUAUAGAAGCAUUUUUCGCCAAUCUGAUGUCCCAGGCGAUUCACCAUCGAGAAGCCAGCGCCACGAAGCGGGUCGACUAUCUUGACUAUCUUAUCAGUUUGAGAAAUAAGAAGGAAAUUUCCGAGUUGGAUAUGGCAGCGCAUGGAGUAACGUUUUUCAUCGAUGGGUUUGAAACAUCUAGUGUUGCAAUAUCAUUCGUUCUCUACGAGAUCGCACGCAAUCCUAAUGUUCAGAAUCGUCUCCGGGAAGAACUGAUGAAGGCGACGGCUGAAGACGGAACGAUUUCAUUCGAAUCGCUUCUGGAAUUGCCGUACCUCGAUCAGGUUAUCAGUGAAACUCUGCGUCUUUGGCCUCCAGCAGCUUUCAUAUCGAAACAAUGCACCGAGCCAAUCGAACUGGAUUUGACUCCAUUGAAGAAGGUACUCAUUGAAACAAACGUUUGCGCCAUAAUAGACAUCUGGUCCAUCCAGCGCGAUCCGGAGAAUUACGAAGACCCUCUGACGUUCAAUCCAGACAGAUUUAGCCCUGAAACCGGCGGAGUUCACCCUUAUCGUGAAAAGGGAUGUUUCUUGCCGUUUGGAGAAGGUCCACGGCAAUGUUUGGGGAUGCGAUUCGCCAGGAUGCAGGUCAAAAGAGGCAUUUACGAGAUAAUGAAGAAUUUUAAAAUCUCCGUUGAUUCUAAAACCAAAGAACCGCUUCAAAUGGACCCCAAACAGUUUUUGACUGUGCCGAUCGGAGGUAUUUGGUUGAACUUCGAGCCAAUUGAAAAUUGAUUGUGUUCUGCUCUGAACGAGGUUUUCAUUAAGCUUAGUUCAGUCAAUUUUAUGAUUGCUGUGCAGUGUGCUUUCUAAAUAUUCAAGCUAAAUGUAUUCCUGUGUUAUGAAAGUGUUAUGUAUUAACAUGUAUGUAAUGCCUUUAUAAUGAAUAAUAUAAGUGUUUUUAAUUUACAAAUACAAAA